AUGUAAUAAUCUCAAGCAAUUAACUUAAUACCUGAAUCAACAUCUUUAAUAAUAGAACCUACAGAUACAACUGGAGCAUUGUUAUUAGGAAAUAUAAGUUCAUUGACAAAAUCAUAUAAAUAAAACUAAGUUAAAGUAUAAAUCAUUUAAAUUUUAAGACUGCAAUUACUGUUUGUGAAUUCUCAAAAUUUGAUGAUAUUCACUUGGAUAAUCAUUUAGUUAUCAAUAUUGAAGAUAGAGAAGAUGAAAAUAUAUUAUAAUAUUUUGAAAAAACAAAUAAAUUUAUAGAAGAAAACUUAAAAGUAAAAAUUUAUAGAUACAAAGAUAGAAAGGUAAUUUAUUAGUACAUUGCAUGGGUGGAAUCUCAAGAAGUGCUACUAUAAUAAUUGCAUAUAUUAUGUGGAGUUAGAAAAGGAGUUAUAAGGAUGCUUAUAAAUUUGUUGAUGAGAUGAGAGAAGGAAUUUAUCCUAAUGAAGGUUUUAAACAUUAACUUAAGGAAUAUGAAUUGUAAUUAAAUAAAUUGUAAUGA